GACCGUGAAGUCAACACUAACACUUUAAGUACGUGGUAUUUAGUAUUUUCAUUCAACCUUCUCUUGCUUCAAUCGACAACUUUUUCAAACUUUUCCUUGCAAUGAUGUUAUCAGCAUUAAAAUUAUGAAACAUUAUUUAUUGAUCGAAUUACAGAUCAAGAGGUCUCAGUCUCGGAAACAUCUUCUGAAGACAAAGUUGCAAAACACGUAACAUUCAGUGAACAAGACGAAAAUAGUGAAAUUAAAUCGUCAGAAACGAUAAGAAAUUUUUAUAUGAUGGAACCAACGAAAGAUGAAGUUAAACCAAAUUUCCUGAUGGGUGGUGAAGAUCCGUAUGAUGAUGUCGAAGAAAAAGAUUUGUUUCCAUCAGGAAUAAAUAGCAAUGGCGGACUUACAAAGCAAUUAUCGGAUGCCGCUUUAUUAGAAAAACGACGACGCUUAAGCAUGCUGAAACGAAGGCCGAGUAAACGAUUUGUACUUGCUGAAACAGGCGAAGAAAGUGCCUGGAAUACAACAACUGAUAAUGAUCCAUCGUUGCCACCACAACCUCCGCCACCUCAAAUUGAAAUCGGAUUAGCAACGUCUAACAAUAGUCAACUAGAAGAAGUGAAAGAAGCGUCAUCACCAAUAUCACCAAACGAGCAACUUUUAUCAGUACCGACACCGAUUAAGUCCGGAAUGAAGCCAAGCAUGUCUCAUGGCACUGGCUUAGGCUUAGAACGUAAUUUAGAUCGUGAUUUUUUGCUAGCAACAACUGAAGAGUUUGUUAAAAGAUUCGGCGGUAAUCGAGCAAUUAACAGAGUGUUAAUUGCUAACAAUGGAAUUGCUGCAGUUAAAUGUAUGAGAUCAGUUCGUCGAUGGUCGUAUGAAAUGUUUAAGAAUGAGCGAGCUGUACGCUUUGUUGUGAUGGUUACACCUGAAGAUCUUAAAGCAAAUGCUGAAUACAUAAAAAUGGCCGAUCAUUACGUUCCUGUUCCUGGUGGAUCAAACAACAAUAAUUAUGCGAAUGUUGAACUUAUUGUUGAGAUUGCAUUACGAACUCAAGUUCAAGCUGUUUGGGCUGGAUGGGGACAUGCAUCGGAGAAUCCGAAGUUACCGGAACUUCUUCAUAAAAAGGGUUUGGUGUUCUUGGGACCACCAGAGAAAGCAAUGUGGGCACUUGGUGAUAAAGUUGCAUCAUCAAUUGUCGCUCAAACAGCGGACAUUCCGACUCUUCCAUGGUCGGGAUCCGAUUUAAAAGCUCAAUAUAGUGGAAAGAAGAUUAAAAUAUCAACUGAACUCUUCAAUCGUGGCUGUGUGACAUCAGCUGAGCAAGGAUUGAUUGCUUCGUCGAAAAUUGGAUUCCCAGUUAUGAUUAAAGCAUCGGAAGGUGGCGGAGGGAAAGGAAUUCGACGUGUUGAUACACCUGAAGAAUUUCCAGCAUUGUUUCGCCAAGUUCAAGCUGAAGUUCCAGGCUCACCAAUCUUCGUUAUGAAACUUGCACGUGGUGCACAAAUGGUCGCUGAUGUGAAUCUUCCAGCAUGUCAACUUCAAAUUGGAAUGGGAAUUCCACUGUUUCGAAUCAAAGACAUUCGUCUGAUGUACGGAGAGUCGCCAUGGGAAUCGUCAAUUAUUGACUUUGAUAAUCCACCGAACAAGCCACGUCCAUGGGGUCACGUCAUUGCCGCACGAAUCACAUCAGAAAAUCCUGACGAAGGCUUCAAACCAUCUUCGGGAACAGUUCAAGAGUUGAACUUUCGAUCAAGUAAAAAUGUUUGGGGAUAUUUUAGUGUCGCUGCUUCUGGUGGUUUGCAUGAGUUUGCUGAUUCGCAAUUUGGUCAUUGCUUCUCUUGGGGUGAGAAUCGUAAUCAAGCACGUGAGAAUCUUGUCAUAGCAUUAAAGGAGUUGUCAAUUCGUGGUGACUUUAGGACAACUGUUGAAUAUUUGAUUACUUUACUUGAAGCAAAUCGCUUUUUGGAUAACACAAUCGACACAGCAUGGCUAGACGCUCUCAUUGCUGAACGUGUAAAGUCAGAGAAGCCUGACGUUCUCUUAGGUGUCAUUUGUGGCGCUCUUCACAUUGCUUGUCGUCAAAUCACUGAAGCUUUCACCAACUUCCAAACAUCACUCGAAAAAGGACAAAUUCAAGCAGCCAACACACUCACAAAUGUCGUCGAUGUUGAAUUAAUUUCUGAAGCUGUCAAAUAUCGAGUUCAAGCAGUGAAAAGUGGUGAAAAUUCUUAUUUUCUCGUCAUGAAUGGAUCGUUCAAAGAAGUUGACGUUCAUCGUUUGACUGACGGUGGAAUGCUGUUGUCACUUGAAGGUGCAAGUUACACGACGUAUAUGAAGGAAGAAGUUGAUCGCUAUCGAAUUGUAAUUGGAAAUCAAACUUGCAUCUUUGACAAGGAAAACGAUCCUUCAUUGCUUCGAAGCCCUUCAGCUGGUAAGCUCAUCAAUCUUUUGAUUGAAGAUGGUGGGCAUGUUGUGAAAGGUCAAACUUAUGCUGAAAUUGAAGUAAUGAAGAUGGUGAUGACGUUGACAAGUCAAGAGAAUGGAACGAUAACAUUCCUUAAACGACCUGGUUCUGUUCUUGAUGCUGGGUCAUUAAUUGGAACUUUGGAACUUGACGAUCCAUCGCUUGUUACGAAAGCUCAACUUUAUCGCAAUACUUGGCCGAUCAAUGAUAAUGUAAAUAUUCCCGAGAAGCUUAAUCGUGUUCAUAACAAUUACAAAUCAAUUCUUGAGAAUACUCUUGCUGGCUACUGCUUGCCUGACCCUUACAAUGCUCCACGUCUUCGUGAGAUUAUCGAGAAAUUCAUGCAAAGUUUAAGAAAUCCUUCGCUUCCUUUAUUGGAACUUCAAGAAGUCAUUGCGAGCAUUUCGAAUCGAAUUCCAGUGUCGGUUGAGAAGAAGAUUCGUAAAUUGAUGACGCUUUAUGAAAGGAACAUCACAAGUGUUCUCGCACAAUUUCCCAGUCAACAAAUUGCAUCGGUGAUUGAUAGUCAUGCAGCGACACUUCAAAAGCGUUCUGACCGCGACGUUUUCUUCUUAACAACUCAAGGAAUUGUUCAACUUGUUCAACGUUAUCGUAAUGGAAUUCGUGGACGAAUGAAGGCGGCUGUUCAUGAAUUGUUGAGACAAUAUUUUGCUGUCGAGAGUCAAUUCCAGCAUGGGCAUUAUGAUAAAUGUGUUGCGCAAAUUCGUGAGAACAACAAAGACGAUAUGUUGACGGUUGUCAAUACGAUUUUCUCACAUUCACAAGUUGCGAAGAAGAAUUUACUUGUGACACUUCUCAUUGAUCAUUUAUGGAGUAAUGAACCGGGAUUGACUGAUGAGUUGGCAGCGACGUUGAGUGAAUUGACGUCAUUAAAUCGCACUGAACAUUCGCGAGUUGCUUUGAGAGCUCGUCAGGUUCUCAUUGCAGCUCAUCAACCGGCGUAUGAAUUACGACACAAUCAAAUGGAAUCGAUUUUCUUAUCAGCUGUUGACAUGUACGGCCAUGACUUUCAUCCUGAGAAUCUUCAACGUUUGAUUCUAUCAGAGACGUCAAUCUUUGACAUUCUUCAUGAUUUCUUUUAUCAUUCAAAUCGUGCUGUUUGUAAUGCUGCACUCGAAGUUUAUGUGCGACGUGCUUACACGUCUUAUGACUUGACAUGCUUACAACAUUUAGAAUUGUCAGGUGAAGUUCCCUUAGUUCACUUCCAAUUCCUUCUACCGACAGCACAUCCAAAUCGCAUUCCAUUCGAUGGCAAUGGUGAAUGUUUAAAUGCAAUAUUCAAUCGAACUGGUUGCAUGGCUGCAUUUGAUUCAUUUGAACAUUUCAAACAAUACUCGGAUGAGAUCUUAGAUUUACUUCAAGAAGAUCAUGAAGCGACUUAUGGCAAUAGUAAAGUCGCUGAAGCUGUCGAUGCUGUUGAAUCAGCUUCGGAAGAUCGUCGAUUAAGCACAUCGAUUAAUGUCUCAUUGUCAGGUGAUGGAAUGUUGCCGCGACCAGUUGAAAAUGGUGAAUUAAAUUCAUCACUUGAGCCAAUUCACAUCGCAAGUGUUGCUGUUCGUGAUUUAGGUGAUAUGGACGACAUUCAAAUGGCAAACUUAUUUGGUGCUUAUUGUGCUCUUCAUCGCGAUGAAUUGUUCGCUCGACGUAUAAGAAGAAUCACGUUUGCUGCUUUGAAGAAGCGACAAUUCCCGAAAUUCUUCACGUAUCGUGCUCGUGAUAUGUUUGAAGAAGAUCGAAUUUAUCGUCAUUUGGAGCCGGCUUGUGCUUUUCAAUUGGAACUUAAUCGAAUGAGAACUUACGACCUGGAAGCAUUACCAACAGCAAAUCAGAAAAUGCAUUUAUAUUUGGGACGUGCUAAGACAUCAAAUGAUCAAAAAGUGUCUGAUUAUCGUUUCUUUAUUCGUUCAAUUAUUCGACAUUCCGAUUUGAUAACAAAAGAAGCGUCGUUUGAAUAUUUACAAAAUGAAGGUGAAAGAGUGUUGCUUGAAGCGAUGGAUGAACUUGAAGUUGCUUUCUCACAUCGUUAUGCAAAGUACACUGAUUGCAAUCACAUCUUCCUGAACUUCGUUCCAUGUGUCAUCAUGGAUCCGACAAAGAUUGAAGAAUCUGUUACGAAAAUGAUUAUGCGUUAUGGACCGCGAUUAUGGAAGCUUCGCGUUCUUCAAGCUGAAUUGAAACUUGUGAUUCGUCCGACACCGCAAUCAGAUACGACAGCAAUACGUCUUUGCAUUGCAAAUGAUUCGGGAUAUUUCCUCGACAUUUCGAUGUAUCAAGAAGUGAAGGAGAAUGGCGUGAUUAAGUUCCAUGCCUAUGGAAAACGUCAAGGCCCGUUGCAUCAUCUUCCAAUUUCAACACCAUACAUGACGAAAGAUUAUUUACAGCAAAAGAGAUUCCAAGCACAAUCAAGUGGCACAACUUAUUGUUUUGAUCUUCCCGACAUGUUCCGUCAAAUGACCGAGAAGUUGUGGAAGCAAUUUUCAAAAGAUCGUCCAGCAGAAGACAUUCGCAUACCUGAAAAAGUUCUGAUUGAAUGUAAUGAACUUGUGUUGAAUGGAGAUUCAAUGGAAGAAGUUCAAAGGUUGCCAGGGGAAAAUGAUAUUGGAAUGGUCGCAUGGCGAAUAAGAUUAGCAACACCAGAAUUCCCUGAUGGUCGUGACAUUGUCGUGAUUGCAAAUGAUUUGACAUGUUUCAUUGGAUCAUUCGGACCGAAGGAAGACAUGGUAUUCCAGAAAGCAUCUGAAAUAGCGAGAGAAAGAAAAAUUCCGAGAAUUUACAUUUCAUGUAACAGCGGUGCACGUAUUGGAUUAGCGGAAGAAGUGAAAUCAUUGUUUAGAGUUGCGUGGGAGGAUCCGGAUGAACCUGAAAAGGGAUUCAAAUAUCUUUAUUUGACGACAGAGGAUUACAGCAAACUUGCAAGUAAGAACUCUGUUCGUGCUAUUUUAAUCGAAGACGAAGGCGAGCCACGAUACAAAAUCACUGACAUUAUCGGACAAAAAGAUGGACUUGGCGUUGAGAACUUGAGAUAUGCUGGAAUGAUUGCAAGCGAGACAUCGAAAGCGUAUGAAGACAUUGUCACAAUUUCGAUGGUGACAUGCAGAACCAUCGGCAUUGGCUCAUAUCUCGUUCGUCUCGGUCAACGCGUCAUUCAAAUUGAGAAUUCUCACAUCAUUUUAACGGGCUAUGCUGCAUUGAACAAACUUCUUGGACGUAAAGUUUACGCAUCGAACAAUCAACUUGGUGGCAUUCAAAUCAUGUACAACAAUGGAGUAUCGCACAAGACUGAAACAUGUGAUUUGGAUGGAAUUUAUACAAUUCUGCAUUGGCUCUCUUACAUUCCUGAUUCACGUGGUGGAAAUUUACCGAUGGUCAUUUCAAAUGAUCCGAUAACACGUAAUAUUGGAUACAUUCCAACAAAGGCUCCAUACGAUCCACGAUGGAUGCUUGCAGGUCGUGUAAAUCCCGUGAAUCAUAACGAAUGGGAAACUGGAUUCUUUGAUAGAAAUUCAUGGUCAGAAAUAAUGGCGCCAUGGGCUCAAACAGUCGUUACAGGUCGUGCACGACUUGGCGGUAUUCCUAUUGGUGUUAUUGCUGUUGAAACGAGAACUGUUGAAGUGACAGUUCCAGCUGAUCCCGCUAACUUAGAUUCGGAGUCAAAGACUUGUCAGCAAGCUGGUCAAGUUUGGUAUCCAGAUUCAUCUUACAAAACAGCACAAACAAUCAAAGAUUUCUCACGUGAAGAACUUCCGUUGAUGAUAUUUGCCAAUUGGCGUGGAUUUUCUGGGGGUCAAAAAGAUAUGUACGAACAAAUUGUGAAGUUUGGAGCUUAUAUCGUUGAUGGAUUGCGAGAAUAUAAACAACCAGUCUUUGUUUAUUUACCACCAAAUGCUGAACUACGUGGUGGAGCGUGGGCGGUUCUUGACUCUUUGAUCAAUCCAAGAUAUCUUGAAACUUAUGCUGAUCCGGAAUCUCGUGCUGGUGUUUUAGAACCGGAAGGUAUCGUUGAAGUUAAAUACAAAGAGAAAGAUUUGUUGAAAACUAUUCAACGAGUCGAUCCAACAACUUUGAGUCUACAAAAACAAAUACUUGAAGCCAAUGGCAAUAAAGAUGCAAUCAGUGCUUUGAAAGUUAAAAUGAAGGAAAGAAUUGCAGCUUUAAUUCAUGUUUAUCAUACAGUUGCUGUUCACUUUGCUGACUUACACGAUACACCUGAAAGAAUGCUUGAAAAAGGUUGCAUUAGUGAAAUUGUUCCAUGGCGCACAUCUCGUGGUUUCUUCUACUGGCGAUUGAGACGGUGCUUGCUUGAAGAUUUUGUUGUUCGAAAGAUUCUUAAUGCUCAGAAAAGUUUAUCAGUUGGAGCAGCUAAAUCAAUGCUUCGUCGAUGGUUUGUUGAAGACAAGGGUGAAACAAAUGCUUAUCAAUGGGAAGAUAAUGAAGCUGUUGUUGAAUGGAUGGAAGCACAGAAAAAGAAUGAUGAAUCAACAGUUAAUCGUAAUAUUAAUGCAGUGAAGAAGGAUGCCAUAGUUUCACAGAUUAAGCAAUCGCUUGAGGAAUGCCCUGAAGUUGCCCUUGAUGCAGUCAUCGGUCUAUGUCAGGCCCUUCUUCCAGCACAACGUGGUGAAGUCGUUCGAACAUUAGCACAGCUUGAGUUUGAGAACACUGAAGCCUCACUCUCAAUUCCUGGAGAUGAAACAGAUGAAGACAAUGCAAUGCUUAUUGGAACUAUCGAUGAUUACCAUUUCGUCGGCGAUUUAGAAGAAGAUUUCGUAGAUUCCGCAAUCGCUAUAACAGAUAAAGAAUUAUUGACAACUGCAGCUCCAUUUGACAAAUAUAAAUUAUGA